AUGGCUAUUCUAAGAUGGCGUAAAACCUCUCCUAGGAAGAGAUCCUACAAUGACUUCAGCACCCCUUGCCUAGUAAACAACAAGUCAUUACCUAUAAAUCGCCGAUACCAUAAAAGAUUUGGGAGCCGGGUCAUUAGAAAUGUUUGGGUUAAAGCCCACCUCAAGCAGGGCGCUCGACAACGCACGCGUGCCAGGUCACGCAGCCCCAUACUAAGUAUUGAUGGCAUAGGUUCUGAGUCUACCAAAGGAGCUCAAAGAGGAGAAGUCGCUGUACGUCUUGCAAAAAUGGAAAGUGCUGUUCGAACUUUGCUUGAGUGCAUAGGUGAGGAUACUGAGCGCGAAGGUUUGAAGGACACACCUUCAAGAUAUGCCAAGGCCCUAUUAUUUUUGACCAAGGGUUAUCAGUCAAAUGUGAAGGAGGUUGUCAAUGGUGCACUCUUCCAUGGAGGCCAUGACCAGAUGAUCGUUGUCAAAAACAUUGAUAUCUCCAGUCUUUGCGAACACCACCUAGUUCCCUUUAUUGGAAAGAUGCAUAUUGGAUAUAUCCCCUCCAAAAUGGUCAUCGGUUUAUCCAAAAUCGCACGAAUCGCUGAAAUUUACUCUCGUCGCCUACAGAUUCAGGAGCGCCUUACCGAAGAAGUUGCUCAAGCCAUUAUGGAUAUUUUGAAACCUCAGGGUGUCGCUGUGGUUAUGGAAUCCAGCCAUAUGUGUAUGGUCAUUCGAGGCGUCGAGAAGACCAGCAGCACAACCUUAACUCGCUGCAUGAAGGGUUGCUUUCAGCAUGAGGCUAGGUUAAGCGAAGAAGCUGUCGCCAUCAUUAUGCCCAUCACCGAGCAAAUUAGUGUAGAACUCUUGCAGGAUGGUAGAUUCGUGUCCAAAUCUACACCUGUUCGGUUUGGGAAUCUACGAGCAACAUACGGAGGUAAUACGAUCGGGGUUGCUUUUAACGCUGCAAGUCAGACUGUUCCUCCUGGCUUCUCAGCAUAUUCUAUCCUCGGCCACUUCCUCGGUCCAGCACUAAAAGAGCACAAGCUGUACUGCAAAGUCCAUGAUACAAGGACAACAAGGACGUUUGCCACUCGCCGUGUAGACGUGAGCCAGGAGCAGACCGACGGCACUUUUCGAACUUGCUUGGAACUCAUUGCCGACUUUCACGCUUCUGAGCCAUCCUUGCUAGAGUUCUCUGCCCGGCCUAUUAUGGCAUGGCCCAAGCCACGGGAUUGCCCAGACCGUCAUGAGUAUGCGCAAGGAAUGCUGGAUAGAGGGGAGGUCAAUGAGGCGCAGAUGGAAGAAUUUCGAAAGUCCUUCGAUGAAGACAGAGACUACUUUGAGACGAGACUUUGCACUGGUGGCAUGGCAGCUCAAAACCUCACCGGUAUCGCUGGAGUGCUACCAACCACCCAGGACACCAUCCCUGUUACCUCGAGGGUCUCAGCUGAGUGGUUACGAGCACGCGGAACAUUCACUUCGCAGGCCGAAAAUAUAGCAGCCUUGGCAUUCAUCAUGGACGGGACUCUGGCUUUCCUAGCACUGACACAUAAUCAUCUUUGGGUAGAUGCUGCGGGUCCAUGCGGAUCUCUUGACUUUGCGCUGAGAAUCUUCGCGCCGCAGGUGAAGAUGGGCGACUGGAACCUGAGAGAGCGAGUUGUUCAUCACAGUGGGAGUGGACGAACAUAUGCAGAGGGACGAUUGUUUGACGAGCAGGGCAAAUUGCUAGCAUCCAUGACGCAACAGUGUUUUAUGAGGGUACCUCGGAAUGAAAAGUCGGGUUCGAAGAUCUAG